AUUGGGAACGUAAUGAAGCAUCGUUCAUUUCAAUGGCUGCAUUCUUCUGCACUCUAGCUUAAGAAAUGUAAAAGGUUGCGUCUGCAGAGCGAUGCGCGGUAGGCACGAUUGGGCACGAUCGGCACGAUAGCUGGCAGCGGUUGGCAGUAGUCGCAGUCGUCGCAGUGGUCGCGGUAGUUUGCAGUAUUUUCUAGGAAGUGUAGUAGGAAAGGAAGGUGGAAAUAAGUACUGUACUCUGUUUGUAUAUACGUAGAUACGGUUUACAGUAUAAGUACUAUUAAUGUAGUACGUCGAGGGGGUCGAGAGCUUUCCUGAUCUUUACAUUACAAUAUAUAAUCAAUGUGAAUAGAAGUAAUUGUACUGUCAAAACGUGCCUUAAUCCAUCUGUUGGAAGCCAAGUUAAGAUGUCAAAGCCAGAGAUAAAUUCAUAUGACAAAGGAAUUAUGUCACCUCCAUCAUUUGAAGAAGCAAUGCAAAGUGAAUCAUCGAAACAAGGGGCAACAUAUCAUAAACAGGAAGGGUGGGUUCCUGCAGUGAAGCCAGCUGGGGAUGGCUUCCCAGUUGCACCAGCUUCGCUUGCAAUGCCAGCAACUCUUCGUGAUGUGGGGGCAGGUAAUGUGGUGUAUGUUGUGAACCAACCAGGGGGACCUGAUGUCACUGAAGAUAAUCAUAUUUUUGGAGCAUCAUUUGGCAACAAAGCAAUUCGAGCUGUGUUUGUGCGCAAGGUGUACACUAUACUCAUGUUGCAGCUUCUCACCACACUCGUCUUCAUCACCUGGUUCAUGUUUCAUGAUGCAACUCGGGACUUUGUACGGCGCAAUAGUAUCAUCCUCAUCACUGCAUACGUUACGUUUGUGGUCACAUAUAUCAUUUUGGUGUGCUGCUCAAAUGUCCGCCGCUCCUGGCCCUGCAACAUCAUCGUGCUUACAAUAUUUACUCUGUCCAUGUCAUAUUGGGCUGCUACAAUUUCAGCUUUCCACGACACAUACAUCGUGAUUAUGACAGUUGGGCUUGUGACUGUUGUGUGUCUCGGCAUAUCCUUAUUUUCUGUACAGACUAAGUGGGAUAUCACUGGAGCAGGAAUAUACCUGUUUGUGUUUCUGCUAGUGGUUUUGCUGUUUGGGAUUCUGGCUGCAGUGAUAGCACUCACCACUGGCAACCGAAUCAUGACGGUGGUGUAUGCCGGGCUGCUCGCUUUGGUGUUUGCUAUGUACCUAGUAUAUGAUACUCAGCAGAUCAUGGGGGGCCGCAAGGUGGAGUUGUCUGCGGAGGAACACAUCUAUGGUGCUCUUCAGCUGUACAUAGACAUCAUCAACUUGUACCUGAUCUUUCUGUCACUUGGGAGUAACUCCUGCAAAUAACUUGCUCCCCAGAAUGAUAUCUACAACUCAUGGCCAGGUCAGCCAACAAACCUACUUAAAAGAAUAUUGAUGACAGUACUAGCAGUGAGACACCGAAACCACUCUCCGUCUGGCCAUGUUGAUCAUCUCUGCAGCAGAAUCUGGGAAGGAGUAACAGCAAAGGUCAUGAAGGUCUACCUCAGCCUGCUCACAGGAAGGAUGUAUGAUAGUUCAGAACAAAGUCCAGCUUGGCACCUCUAGUGACACAUUCUCAAUGUCCUCUUUGAUGCAUUCUCCCAAUGUCAUGCUUCUUCUGUUAUGUAUGAUUUUCUUGCUGACAGUGUGGAGAACUGUUAACAUGUGGUUUUGUCAUGAGUUGAUCUUGUUCACUUUCUAGCUGCAAAUUACAAAUCUUACAAUGCCCUUGCAUCAGUGCAUUUUAAAAGCAAUUUUAUGGACCAAGGGAUCUAUCUGAAUGUGUUCAUAAAAUAAUUUUGUUAUAUGAGAAUCAGUAAUAAUAUUUGAUAUUAGGAUAGUCUGCAGAUGUUACAUGUUAUUUCUCCAUGAGAUUUCCUUUUCUCUUACAAGAAAUACCAGACAUAAUGUAGCAGUUACCACAGUUAUUUCACACUUUUAUGUUUCUGUUUCUUAAUUGAGCCAGAACUGGCAGUUUUCCUGACUUAGGUUUCUUGUUUUCCUCAGUCCCACCAGCUGAAUGCUGGGACAGCACCAUAAAAUAAACUGUGGCUAUUUUGUCCCAUUUCCAUCCCAGUUCUCCACUAUUGUAUUCACACCUCUCAUGUUUUUUUUUAAUUCGCUUAGUGGGGCAUGGAGUCCAACUGGGUCCACUCGGCAUGGCGGUCACUGAUUG